GGUGGGGAAGAUGGCGGACAGCAGCGGUCGUGUGGGCAAGAGCGGCGGGAGUGGCACGGGGAAGGGGGCGGUGUCGGCGGAACAGGUAAUUGCUGGCUUUAAUCGCCUUCGGCAGGAACAGAGGGGCUUGGCCUCCAAAGCAGCUGAGCUGGAGAUGGAACUGAAUGAGCAUAGCCUGGUGAUCGAUACGCUGAAGGAAGUGGAUGAGACCCGCAAGUGCUACCGCAUGGUUGGCGGUGUGCUGGUAGAGCGGACGGUCAAGGAGGUGCUGCCUGCCUUGGAGGGUAACAAGGAGCAGAUACAAAAGAUCAUUGAGACACUGUCACAGCAGCUUCAGGCAAAGGGAAAAGAACUCAAUGAAUUCCGGGAAAAGCACAACAUUCGUCUUAUGGGAGAAGAUGAGAAGCCAGCAGCCAAGGAAAACUCAGAAGGAGCUGGGGCUAAGUCCAGCUCAGCAGGGGUGCUGGUCUCUUAGGGACUAAGGCCUCUGCAUUCUAUUUUACCCUGAUUCCCACUUCUAAUUUCUUUUUAUUGUUAUUAUUAUUUUUCUGCUAUUGUAAUUUUUUUGUUGUUGUUAAUUAAAUGUUUUGGUCAAAUACUUAACUGUAGCCUGAAACUCUCUUACUUAGGGCUACACUGACAGCAUACAGCUGGGCAUGGUGGCAGACAUAUCUUAGUGCUGGGGACACAACAGGAGGCAGAUCUCUGAGUUCCAGGCCAGCCCAGUGUACAAAGCGAGUCCGCAGUCAUCCAAGGCUAUAUAGUGAGACCCUGCCUCAAACAAAACAGAAAGAUAACUUGGUUUUGUUCUUUCUACCAGGUUAAUGGCUCACACUGUCAGAAAGGAGCCACAGUUUGCCUUUCCCUU